CCCACGGCCCUUGGCCCAGUAACACCCGCGGCCAUUUCCUCCCCGGCGUCUCGCAGGUCUUGCAGGCAUCUUGCCACCUCCGUCGUCUGUCCAGGCCCGCUCACGCAUCUCCCGUUCCAUCAUGGCUCCGCGAAAGGGCAGCCAUCUGAGAGCCCUGGCUCGCAAGGCCGUGGCCUACCAGAAGCGCCAGUGGUUCACCAACAUCUGCUGCAUUUGCCUGCUCCCGGCCCUCAUGGUCUCCAUCGCCGCCAUUCUGGCGCAUGUGAUUCAAGGCUUGAUUUCAACCCUGAUUCCAUCCUAUGAGUACAUGUACUGCUCCAACCUCGACGGCAUGUCGCCCCAGAACUGGCCGCUCCUCAACAUCACUCCAGGCAUGGGCAGCCCAAUCACCCCCAAGAGCCAGGUCCCAGGCGCCACCCAGGACGUCAACAACAUCAACCAGUACAUCUUGAUCGACACCUCUGGCGGCUCGUCUGCUGGCCCUGGUGCCGGUAGUCUCGGCUACAUCCAUCCAUGCGUCUACUGGCUGGGCGAAGACUACCCCUAUUCCAGUCUCUACGAGCGCAAUCCCAACUACACAGGAACUUCGCUGAGCCCUCUGUUCCGCCGCGACUCGACCUAUCUCGCCGAGCCUUUGCAUGGAUGGCUGUCCUAUAUCCUCCAGCCCAAUCCCAACAUCACCUUCUCGUUCCCAAACUACCAGCUCCGUCAGUGGAGUCUGCUGGCAAAGUCCAGCCAGGUCUCGGACAGCCAGGUGGGCUCGCGCCCAAGCCAGCCCCUGAUCACCAACCUGACCAACCUCCUGAUGACGACUCCAGCCGCUCCCUUCAAGCCCGCCAAUGUCUCGAACGGCCUGCUCGACACGAUCCCCGGCCGUUACUGGUUCAAUUUUUCUCUGACUAAUGCUGCCAAUCCGCUCGGCGGCAUCCAGCCCGUUCCGUACUUUGACGCCGUCAACGGAAGCUCCCACACCGUCCUGGACAAUGCCAUUUCCGAUUCCGUUGCCAACACCUUGGCCCAGCUCGCCACCAUCGACAAAUCGGCCCUGACCAACAACUCUGGCACUGCCACGAGCGGCAGUGAGUCGAGCGCAGAGUACCUGCAGCUCGCCCAAACCUACAGCAACAACGUCCCCUUUGGCGGUCUCUACUUCAACCUGGUCGAUCACGUCCGCAAAUACUACAGCUACAUCAUGCAGAUCGGCACCGACAGCCGCCUCGUCACUGCCGUCAACUUCCCCGCAGCCGGAUGGCGCCAGAUCCUGCAGCAGGCGCAGCUCUCGAAUGCCUUCCUGCGAUUCAGCAACCCGACCAACCUCGGUGCCUCCUCGAUCACCCAGGGCCUGCGUGUCAUGCCUGAGUUUGGAACCACUGCACUCUCGAUUCCAUUCGGCUCGCUGCUUGGUCGAGUGCUGUAUCCCUUCGGCAUCAGCUUCCUGCUGCCGAUCUUUGUGAUCACACUUGUCAAGGAGAAGGAGGAUCGAAUCCUGGUGAUGAUGAAGAUGAACGGCCUCAAGGUCUGGGCAUACUACGUUAGCCACUACAUCACCAUGUUUGUUCUCUAUGUACUCUCUGCAAUCAUGUUUGUGGCGGUUGGAACGGGCACCAAGAUGGAUGUGUUUGUCAAUACCGGCAAGGGCGUCCUGCCUGUCCUGCUGCUGGUCUGGGGAAACGCCCAGAUCGCGCUGGCCUUUUUCUUCUCGCAGAUCUUCAGCAAGAGCCGAGUCGCGCUAAUCGUGGUUUUCUUGCUGGUCCUCUGCGGAGUCAUCAUCUCCCUUGUCCUGGACAGACUGAUUGGAACGGACCCAGCCCCGCUCAUCCUCUUCAUCUGGCCGCCCUUUGCCUUUUAUCGGGGCCUGUCUGAUAUCAACCGCGCUUCGUACAGUACAACCAGUCCCGCCUAUUCGUUUUCGAUGAUCGUCCCUGGAAAUGAAGUCUUCAACGCGAUCAUGUUCCUGCUCGGCGACUCGGUCGUUUACUUGUUCCUGUCGUGGUAUCUGUACAACGUGAUCCCAACUGAGUUUGGCAUCCACAAGCCGUGGCACUUUAUUUUCACCAGCCCGUUCAAGCAUCUGCGUCGACAGCAGCGCAUCAAAAACAACGGCGGAGUGGACCCCAAGUCUGAGCAGGAGCUCGCAGUCAAGAUUGCGGUCUCGCCCGAGGAACUGCAGUUCGAGGACGACGAUGUCAAGGCCGAGAAGCAGCGAAUCGAGACCGAAGCGUUUCCGCACGACUCUCCCCUCAUCCUCAAGAACAUGCGCAAGGUCUACAAGGGCCGCGGCGGUCUCGGCCCAAAGAUCGCCGUCAAGGACGUGUCGUUUGCCGUCGAGAGCGGCAUUGUCUUUGGGCUGCUGGGGCCCAACGGCGCAGGCAAGACGACGCUGAUCUCGAUCCUGACGGGACUGUACGAGGCCUCGCACGGCACUGCGCUCCUGGCUGGCAAGAACAUCAAGACCGAGACCAAGGAGGUCUAUGGCAACAUUGGCAUCUGUCCGCAGUUUGACAUCCUGUGGGACGACCUCACGGUCGGCGAGCACCUGUACUUUUAUGCACGCCUGAAGGGAGUCUCUCCGUCCAACGAACGGGAGGCUGUCCAAGAGUCUCUGCGCCAGGUUGCGCUGGAAGCCUUUGAGGGCCGCCUGACCAAGGGACUGUCGGGCGGCGAGAAGCGACGGCUGUCGAUUGCGAUCGCCCUUGUUGGCAAUCCGGCUGUUGUGUUCCUGGACGAGCCGACGACUGGACUCGAUCCCGAGGUCCGCCGCCUGAUCUGGAACAUUGUCAACAAGGCUCGAGCCGGCAGGACGAUCGUGCUGACCACACACUCGAUGGAGGAAGCCGAGGCCCUGUGCCAACGCAUCGGCAUCAUGGCCAAGGGCACACUGCGAUGCCUGGCCAGUCCCAUCCGACUCAAGGAAAAGUACGGGUCGGGUUUCCGCAUCUUCUUCAACAGCCAGGCAGAAGACUCGGAGCAUGCUCGAAGCUUCAUCGAGAGCGUGCUGCCGCCGGGAUGGAAGCGACUCGACUCGUUUGCCACCAAUGCAUCGUACGAGUUCCCGCCGCAGCCCGGGGCGAUCGCCAACCUGUUCAAGGUCGUCGAGACCCACAAGGCCGAGGCCCGGAUCCUGGACUGGGGCAUCAGCCAGACCACCCUCGAGGAGGUGUUCCUGCGACUGAUCAGCGAGAACGACGCCGAUGCCGACUAGCGAUGGUGCUCGGCAGUGCUCGGCGGUGCUCGGUGGUGCUCGGUGGUGCCGUGCUGUUCUUGAUCGCCUGCAGUUGCAUUGCAGUGGCCCUGUCGAGUGCACCGUUGCUUGCGAUUGUCGCAUCCAUGCCUCUGUGCCUGUCGCUGCUUGUGUGGAGUGGUCCUGGGCUCGAUGCAGCCCGCAAUAUACAGACCCCGUCGCCGCCGCA